CUUGGUAAUUUCAAUUGUACCCUGCGCUUGUCAACCUACUGGGAGCUUUUUCAUGGCUGACGCAGCUCCUAUAGAUGGUCCAGUGCUUGACCCUUGGCAGGAUCCCCAUCCUUUUUCUUCCGACGUCUUACCGAACGGAUCCAACCCUUCCGAGUCCGUAGAUUCAGAGAAUGCAACGCAGGAGUCUGAAAGUGGCGAAGAUGAGUCUGAAAGCCGAGAGAAAGAUGAUGAUGAAGAAGGGGAGGAAGACGAUGUGGAAGGGGAAGGGGAAGAAGACGAAGGGGAAGACGAAGAUGACUACGAAGAUGAAGAGGAGGAUGAACCAACUCUGAAAUAUGAGCGUAUGGGCGGGGCGGUUAACGACCUUCUCAAGAAGGACUCGGCUUCUGCUCUUGCGGUCUCAAAUAAACUUCUGGCACUUGGAACUCACAAUGGUAUUGUUCACAUUGUCGAUUUAACGGGUAAACGCAUCAAGUCGUACAAACCCCAUCAAGCUUCGGUGAGCGAUGCAGAGUUUGACAGUACUGCGGACUUCGUAGCGACUGCCUCCAUCGAUGGACAGGCCGUUAUUCAAUCCCUCUCGACCCAUGAGUCAUACAUGGUCGACAUGAAGCGACCAAUCCGCACUGUAGCACUAGAACCUAAUUUUGCCAAGAAAAGUACACGAUCGUUUGUGUGUGGAGGCAUGGCCGGGACACUGGUACUGAGAGAAAAGGGCUGGCUGGGGCAUAAGGAAACAGUCCUCCACUCUGGUGAAGGUCCGGUGUGGCAUGUACGAUGGCGGGAACACUUAAUUGCGUGGGCGAAUGACUCGGGAGUCAGGAUCUACGACACCCAGUCUCAGAUGCGCAUCACAUUCAUAGAGCGCCCCGCUGAUAGCCCUCGUGCGGACCUUUUCAAGUGCACUUUAUAUUGGCAAGAUGAUACGACUCUCCUGAUAGCAUGGGCGGACCACAUCAAGAUCGCGCACAUUCGAGAACGCUCUCCUACUGCUGCCGCAUCAGGCAGUUCUAAUCAACCUCCUUUCAUUGUUGAGAUCACCGCUGCAUUCCAACUUGACUGCAUGAUAUCAGGGAUUGUAUCAAACUCACUCUCGAUGCCAAGAUCCCUGGACACAUCCUCUGUGCAGGAUGAACCGCUGCCAUCAUUUCUGAUAUUGGCCUACCAAACCCCAGAUACAUAUGGCGACGAAAUGACGGAAGAUCGUACAAGACAAGCUCGUAAAACAGCUGAGCGCCCUGAACUACGGAUAAUCACUCACACAGGUGAAGAGCUAUCGGCCGAUGCGCUUGGUGUCACGAAUUAUCAAGCGUGGAGUUGCAACGACUAUGUGAUGGCGGAGGUCGACGGGCCGAAUUUGCCAGGGACAUCAGGAAGAUGUCAUAUCGUAAUUAGUCCCAAAGAUAUUGUCAUCGUGCGGCCCAGGGAUAGGAAAGACCAUGUCUUGUGGCUCGUAGAACAUCAACGAUACGACGAAGCUCUUGAAGAAGUAGAGAAGCUUGACGAGAACGAAUGCUCUGCGGAAGGCGAUCAGUCUGAGAUCAGUCCUAUCGCUAUAGGAGAGCGAUAUAUCAGGCAUUUGGUGGCCGAAGGCAACUUUGCUAAGGCCGCAAGUCUUUGCCCGAGGGUCUGUAGCACAGACAUCGAACGCUGGGAAAAUUGGAUAUUUGUUUUUGCUCAAAGUCAGCAACUACAGACAAUCAUUCCUCAUGUCCCAACGGAGGCACCUCAACUUGACCACCUGGUCUAUGAGAUGAUUCUUGCACACUUCCUUGUGCACGAUAGGCAGUCUCUAAUGCGCACUAUCAAGGAGUGGCCGAAGUCAAUUUACGAUAUAUCCACUGUCAUUGUUGCGGUGCACGCAGAACUUGAGCGAUCGCCAUCAUCAUCAACCUCAAAAAGCUUACCUGCACCAGACGCUGUGAUUCUCAUGGAAUGUUUGGCUGAGCUUUAUACUGCUAAUCGACAAUACGGAAAAGCCCUGCCGUUUUUCCUCCGCCUCAGACGACAGAAUGUAUUUGAACUCAUCCGGGAGCAUAAUCUAUUCACCGAUGUGAAGGAUCAAGUACUCUUGUUGAUCGAGUUUGAUCAAGAGCUUCUUGAAAGGCGAAAACAAGAAGGCGCAGAAGGUGAAGCGACUUCCAGCGAAGCAAUCGCUCUACUGGUGGAUCAUAUCCAUUCUAUACCUAUCGUUCGCGUGGUUCAGCAGCUUCGUGAUCGCCCCUUCUAUCUCUUCCUUUACCUAGAUGCUUUAUUUAAAAAGGACUCUCAGCUUGGGUCUGAGUUCGCUGAUCUUCAGGUAAACUCACCAGUAGAUAAGAGUUUAAAUGCUUGUUGUAUUGAUGUACAUUUACAGGUUACGCUGUUCGCUGAGUUUGCAACUCACCGCCUAAUUGACUAUCUUCGGGCAAGCACUUCAUAUAAUCUUGAGGCGGCGUACAAUGAGUGCAAGAACAGAGAUCUUGUAAAUGAGAUGGUGUUCUUACUUGGUCGCAUGGGCAACAACAAGAAGGCGUUAACGCUCAUCAUUGAGCGCCUAGGCGACGUGCAUAUGGCGAUCGAAUUCGCUAAAGAACAAAGUGAUGAUGACCUUUGGGAGGACCUUCUCAAAUAUUCUGAAACACGUCCGACUUUCAUUCGCGGUCUACUGGAAAAUGUCGGAGCUGAAAUUGACCCCAUCCGUUUGAUUCGUCGGAUCAAGAAUGGGUUGGAAAUUCCUGGCCUCAAGGAAGCAUUGAUCAAGAUUCUUCAUGACUUCCAUCUUCAAAUCUCCCUUAUGGAGGGAUGCCAAACGAUUCUCAAUGGCGACAGCUCCGACCUUGCUAAGACGCGCUCAAAGGGUCAGAAUAGCGGAUUCUUCAUGAAAUCAAGAACGAUUUGCGUGCUAUGUACGGAACCCCUACAACGAUCACCACAAGACCUUCUUUUGCUAUUCUUGUGUCAUCAUGUAGUUCAUGCCAGCUGCGUGGAUGGCAUGACGGACAUUUACAGCGAGGAACCCAGUGAAAGCAUAAAUGUCCUCGUCAGUGGAGUAAGCGCUAAGAUUGCUUUCGCUUCUGUAGUACGGGCCAAAAUCCCUCAGGGUUGUCCUGUUUGUUACCGGAGAAGUGAAGGGAAUCUAAUGUAACUACAGAUUUCGUCCCUCUUUUGCAUGAUUUACUAUAUACCUUGCAUUCACGCAAUCGUCUCUUCUGGAUACCAUUUCACUUACGGAUUCACACCGAGCGUGUUCAACUGCUGGUGGAAGUACUAGAUCUCUUUCUCGACAUGCAGACAUUUCGUGAGGACUCUCGAUCAAGAUCAAAGCAAAGCAAUUUAGCAAUUACGGUUGGUCAUCAUCUUGUAGGUCAAGUUUGUGUUUACAUAACGUCGAGCGCUUGCGAUAGUUUUGCAACGGGCUUGGAAAUAUCAGAUUAAAUUCCACCUGCUUAAUCUCUGAAUAGGUC